AUGUCACUUAACGGACUUGUCCUCGAUUGCGUUCCGUUUACUUCUACCAAUUCUGAAAUUCCAAUAUUUAAUAGCGAUGUCAUCUUGGCUCAAUUACUUUCUUUUGGCUUUGACGAAUGGAUAUGCCAAAGGGCAAUAACUCGCACUAAAACUGUGGAAGAAGCUACUGAAUGGAUUUUGAAUACAUUGGAUGAAAAUUCUGGUAACAGAACAACUUCAAUCAAUUCUCCAGUACUGCGCCUAUCUGAAUCUUCAGAAAGAGUUUCUGCACCAAUGAUGGUUGAUACUGAACAGUCUUCAUCAGCGGCUUCUAGUUCUACCUCAAAACCAAUGGAGUCGAAAGCAAAAGCCGCAAAGGCUACUGAGGAAAUGAAGAGAUUAAAGCUUUUAGAGAGAGAGGCUCGUAAAAAAACAUUAUUAGCAAUUAAAGAGGAUCGUGAAAAUUUGAAAUUGCGCAAGAUAUCCCAUAAAGUUGAAAGUAGCAGUUCAGCAAGUUCUUAUGCCAUCUCUACUCCACUAAAAACUGAACAAUCUGAUUCAACUCUUAUUCAGAUCCGUUUAUCAACUGGUCAGGCAAUACGUCAAAAAUUUAAUAAUACUGCUCUUGUAUCUGACCUCUUUAAUUGGGUUGUUAGUAAGAAUGAGCCAAGCAAAAAGUUUCAAUUGUUGUUACCUUUUCCACGAAAGGUCUUUGGCGAUGAUGAGAUGGGUUCGACACUUGCCGAUGCUGGUUUAGUUCCAAAUGCUUCACUGAACGUAGUAAAGUUAGAUGUACCUUCUAUUACUGCACAAUCUCCGAUAAGCAGAGUUACAAGUUCUAUCACUGGAGAUGAUUCAAGUGAUGACGAUGGUGACAAUAGCAUAAGACAAUCGUUACCAAAUGUUCCAAAUCCACUUUCUGGACCGCAAGGGCCUCCCUUAAAUUUACCACAGCAUUUACCUCCACCAAUACCUCUACAACAAGGAAUUCCUCCAAAUUUACCACUACAAUUUCCUCCUCCGAUAACUACUCAACCAGGAAUCCCUACUAAUGUACCCCCUCCAAUACCAUUUCAACCGGGAAUCCCGCCUAAUGUGCAUCCUCCUAUGCCUGUCCAACCAGGAAAUCCAUUUAAUGCUCCUCCUCUUGCACCUCGUCGAUUUCCUCCAAACAUGGGUCCACCUCACCGUAUGCUUGCCAGACCGUCACCCUUUUCUGGUACAGUUUUUCGUUUAACAAAUAAUCAACCAGUUUUGCAGCAGCAGGAUUCAGAUGAUGAUUCCGAUGAUGAAGAAAAAAGGCAACGUAUUGCUGAAGCUGUACAGGCACGAUCAAGAUGCGCAUAUUGUGUUGCAGGUAAUUCUAUAAUUCAUUUGGAGCUUAAUGGUUUAAUUUCUAACUCUACAAUCUCUUAG